AAUGGCCGCGCCGGGGAGCACCGAACGCCCCGCGCCCCGAGGCCCGUCGGCGUAGGGCGGCCGCGGGGCUGUGGCCCCCCAGGAACGCCGGAGGCAGGAUGGACGAACAGAAGGUGCCCAGCGAGGAGAAGGACGCAGCCGCGCCAGCCGAUGGGGUCAUGGCCUCGGAGGAGAUGGGCAGCGCCGAGGGGGACCCCCUGAAACCCCCCGAAGGAGCCUCUGCGGGGCCGGAGCCGGACAGCACGGGCAUGGAGGGACCUCCCGAGGCUGGCAGCCCGCUGGGCCGCCGCUGUGCCCUCUGCAACUGUGGGGACUGGAGCCUACACGGGCAGCGGGAGCUGCAGCGCUUCGAGCCGGUGCCCGACUGGCCCGAGCGGCUGGUGGGCCACGAGCCCCCUGAUGGGCCCGGCCAGCCUCCCCCAGGGCCCAGCCAGCUCCCCCCAGAGCCAGAGCUGGCGGGCGAUGGCCUGGCACAAAUUGGCUUCUCCGAGGGGGUGACCCCAGCGCAGCUCUUCGAGCCGACGGGGCACUGCUGGGUGCACCACUGGUGUGCGGCCUGGGCGGCUGGCGCGGGACCGGACGCGGCCGGCGUGGCCAGAGCUGUUUUCUCAGGGAUCUCACAGAAAUGUGAACGCUGCGGGCGGGCGGGGGCCACCAUCCCGUGCCGGGCGGCCACCGGCUGCUCCCGCCUCUACCACUUCCCCUGCGCCGCCGCCAGCGGCUGCUUCCAGUCCAUGAAGACCCUGCGGCUGCUCUGCCCCGAGCACGUGGCUGAGGCCGUGGACAUGGAGGACGCGCGGUGCUCGGCGUGCAACGGGCCGGGCGACCUGCGGGACCUGGUGUUCUGCACCAGCUGCGGGCAGCACUUCCACGGGGCCUGCCUGGACAUCUCCCUGACGCCUCGCAAGCGCUCGGGCUGGCAGUGCCCCCAGUGCAAAGUGUGCCAAACCUGCAGGCAGCCCGGCCAGGACUCUGCCAUGCUGGUGUGCGAGGCAUGUGACAAGGGCUACCACACCUCCUGCACGGAGCCAGCCACCCAGGGCCUCCCCACCAGCUCCUGGAAGUGCAAGAACUGCUGGGUCUGCUCAGACUGUGGCCAGCACCCCGCAGGGCCUGACUCCAGCUGCCAGUGGUCCCCGGGGUCCGAGGUGUGCGGGGACUGCCAGCAGCGCCGUGCCACGGCCGAUGUCCCCACGGCGCCAGAACGCUCACCAGGGCCUGACCCGCCCGCCCAGAUGUCAGAGUCCCCUGUCCCCAGCAAGCCGACGGAUGUGCCCGUGCCCCCGCCUGAGCUGGAGCCUGUGGGGCGCGAUGAGGAGACGCAGCCCCUCGCGGACCCCAACGAGACACCCCCAGACGCCAAAGAGGCACCCCCAGAUCCCAAGGAGGCUCCCCCAGGCAAUGCCGAGUCUCCUCCUGGCGAGCUGGCCUCUGUGGAGGUGCUCCCCAGUGAGGAACCCCUGGAAGAAGUUCCCUCUGAUGAACUGCCCCUCGAUCAGCCGCCCCCUGACACGCAGCCCUCUGACAUUCAGCCUCCUGAUGUGCAGCCCCCUGAGGAGCCCCUUCCUCUCAUGCUGCCCCCCGAGGAGCCUCCCUCUGACGAGCUGCCCCUCGAGACACCAUCCCUUGCUGAGCUGCCCCCUGACAGACCCUCCCUCGAGGAGUUGCCCCCCAGUGAACCACCCCACAAUGAGCUGCCCCUCGAUGUCCCUCCCCUUGCUGAGCUGCCCCCUGAGAAACCAGCGUUUGAAAAGUCACCCCCCCAUGAGCUGCCCCCUGAAGUACUGCCCGUUGACAAAUCACCCCCUGACGAGCUGCCCCGCAAUGGGUCACCCCCCAAACCUCCCCUGGAGGAGCCACCCCUGGAGGAGCUGCCCCCCAAUGAGCUGCCCCCCACUGAACCACCCCCUGUCGAGCUGCUCCCCAAGGAGCCUCCUCCCGAAGCGCUGCCCCCCGAGAAGCUGAGCCCUGAAGAGCCCCCCCUUGUUGAGUUGCCCCCUGAAGAGCCAGUCCCCAGCGAGCUGCCCCCCGAGGAGGACCUGAAACCACCAGGUCUCCUCCCCGAGGUGACGGUGGCAGAGGAAGCGCCAGCCCUGGCUCCAGAGGUGCUCCCUGAGGAGGAGAUGGAGCUGGAGCCAGAGCCCUCGCUGCCCCCGGAGAUGACACCCCCACCCUCAGCUCCCCCAGCUCUCCGUGCCAUCUCACCUGCACGGACCCCAGCUCCCUCCCCUGAUGCCAAGGAGGACGAGGUGCUCGAGCCCCCCACCCCAGCCCUGCCUGAGCCCCCUGGCAGCCCUGGUAUCGCCAUGGACACCGACCCCCCUGGCUCCCCGCCGCCACCCCUGGGCUCCCCUGCUGUCACCCUGGCCCCUGCUGAGCCACCUGAGGAUGAGGAGAUGGAGAUGGCUGGUGGCGAGGGGGAGUCCCCAACCAGCCCUCCUGGAGAUGCCCCCCACGGCAGCCCAGCCCCUGAGCUGGGGCCCUUCCCAGGCCUGCCUGAGGAGGAGGAAGAGGAGGAAGAAGAGGCACCAAGGCUGGAGAGGGAGGGCACCAGUGGAAGCUCCCCGCCACUCAGUGAGGAGGAUGCCCUGGAAGAAAGUCGGGCUGCGGGGGACCCUGAAGUCAAGGGGUCCCCUUCAGGGUCCCCCCUGCUCCUGGAACCGGAGGAGCUGGGCCCUGAGACCCCCAUGGAGGUGUGCACUACCGGCGAGAAGCUGCUGGGGCACGGGGACGAGGGGUGCCCCGAGCCCCCCGCGCUGCGCCCACGGCCCGACAUCCUCAACGAGAUCUCCAACCUGAGCCAGGGGGACACAAGCAGCAGCUUCCCCGGCUCGGAGCCGCUGCUGGGGUCCCCAGACCCUGAGGGUGGGGGGUCUCUGUCCCCUGAGCUGGGCCCGGCCUCGGCUGAUGCCAGCCUGCAGAAGGAGGAUGCUGGGUCACUGCCGCUGGGUGCUGAGACUGACGACUCGCUGCUCUUCGAGCCAGCAGCCAAGGGUGACGGGGACAAGAGCCGGCGCCGCAGCUCCCCAGGGCGCUCCCGUGUCAAGCAGGGUCGCAGCAGCAGCUUCCCUGGGCGGAGACGCCCCCGAGGUGGGUCCCACGGGGGCCGAGGCCGAGGCCGUGCACGCCUGAAGUCGACCACCUCGUCUGUUGACACCUUAGCACUCGCUGAUGUGGAGAGCUCGCCCAGCAAGGAGGAGGACGAGGACGAUGAUGACACAAUGCAGAACACAGUCGUCCUCUUCUCCAACACAGACAAGUUUGUGCUCAUGCAGGACAUGUGCGUGGUGUGUGGCAGCUUCGGGCGUGGGGCCGAGGGGCACCUGCUCGCCUGCUCCCAGUGCUCCCAGUGCUACCACCCCUACUGUGUCAACAGCAAGAUCACCAAGGUGAUGCUGCUGAAGGGCUGGCGCUGCGUGGAGUGCAUCGUGUGCGAGGUGUGCGGCAAAGCCUCGGACCCCUCGCGCCUGCUGCUCUGCGACGACUGCGACAUCAGCUACCACACCUACUGCCUGGACCCGCCGCUGCAGACCGUGCCCAAGGGCGGCUGGAAGUGCAAGUGGUGCGUGUGCUGUGUGCAGUGUGGGGCUGUGUCCCCUGGCUUCCACUGCGAGUGGCAGAACAACUACACCCACUGCGCGCCCUGCGCCAGCCUCGUCGUCUGCCCCUUCUGCCGCGAGAAGUACGUGGAGGACGACCUGCUCAUCCAGUGCCGGCACUGCGAUCGGUGGCUGCACGCCGCGUGCGACAGCCUCUUCACUGAGGAGGAGGUGGAGCAGGCUGCGGAUGAAGGUUUCGACUGCAGCGCCUGCCAGCCCUACGUGGUCAAGCCUGUGCCCGCGCCUUCUGCAGAGAUGAUCAAAGCCAAGGAUCCAGAGCCGCAGUAUUUCCGCUUCGAGGGCGUGUGGCUGACAGAGACGGGGAUGGCCGUGCUGCGCAACCUGACCCUGUCACCCCUGCACAAGCGGCGGCAGCGCAAGGGCCGCCCGGGCACCCUCAACGGGGAUGGGGGGCUGGAGGGGGGUGACCCCCUGGGCCCUGAGGACAAGAAGGACGGUGACCUGGACACCGAUGAGCUGCUCAAAGCUGACGCAGUGGGUGUGGAGCACAUGGAGUGUGAGAUCAAGCUCGAGGCUCCAGCCAGCCCUGACCGCGACGCUGGAGCUGAUGGGGACUCAGGGAAGGGGCUUGAGGACCCUGAGGAGUGCAAGAAGAGGAAGCGCAAACCCUACCGGCCUGGCAUCGGUGGAUUCAUGGUGCGGCAGCGCAAGUCCCACACGCGGCUCAAGAAGGUCUCGGCGGUGCUGCCAGACGUGGGGCGAGAGGGGCUGAGCACCGAGGGACACCCUGAGGAAGGGGCUCCCGCUGAUGUCCCCGCCGAGGCUGGCCUGGAUCCAGGCUCAGGAGAGGGGGACGAGAAGAAGAAGCGCCGGGGACGGAAGAAGAGCAAGUUGGAGGACAUGUUCCCCCCGUACCUGCAGGAGGCGUUUUUUGGGAAGGCACUGAUGGACCUGAGCCGGAAGGCGCUGCUGGCAGCAGGCGGGGUUGGGGACGGGGCCGCCCGCCCCGCCUUGGGCCAGGGUGCCCCAAGGCCCAAGGGGGACCCCAGCCUCACUGGGGCACUGCAGGGGGGCGCCCCGGACAGGAGGGAGACCCCCACCCACCCCCGAGGCGACGACAGCACUGACGGCAGCGCCGCCGCUCCCGACGACGAUGGCAAGGACGAGGCGAAGGCCGAGGACCUGGGGGCCGACGAGCCGAAGGAUUCCCCAGACCGCGGGGACAGCGAAAAACCAGCCACCCCGGGCGAGGGAGCACUGAGCUCCGACCUCGACAAGAUCCCCACGGAAGAGCUGCCCAAGAUGGAGAGCAAAGACGUGCAGCAGCUCUUCAAGGACGUGCUGGGCUCGGCGGAGCGCGGGGAGCAGCCCCUCAACUGCGUGGCCGCGGGGAUGGAGGCCGGGCAGGACCCCAGCCGAGCACAGCGGUCGUUCCUGCAAGGAGACCUCCAGCUCUCGGGGCAGGGGAGCGUUUCCUUGGGCUCGCUCUCCGGAUCCGUGUCCUUGGACUCGUACUCGGGGGUCUGCCAGUCCCCGUUCCUCGACAGCAGGGAGCGGAGUGGCUUCUUCAGCCCAGACCACUGCGAGCCCGAGAGCCCCUGGGCCAGCAGCUCGGCCGCCACCACCCCCUCGACCCCCACGACGCCCACGACGGAGGGCGAGGGUGACGGGCUGUCCUACAACCAGCGCAGUUUGCAGCGCUGGGAGAAGGACGAGGAGCUGGGUGAGCUCUCCACCAUCUCCCCUGUCCUCUACGCCAACAUGAACUUCCCCAACCUCAAGCAGGAUUAUCCAGACUGGUCGAGCCGCUGCAAACAGAUCAUGAAGCUCUGGAGGAAAGUCCCUGCCACGGACAAAGCCCCGUAUUUGCAAAAGGCCAAAGAUAACCGGGCGGCUCAUCGCAUCAACAAGGUGCAGAAGCAGGCCGAGAGCCAGAUCAACAAGCAGACCAAAGGGGAGGGACUGCGCAAGCCUGAGAGGCCCUCGCUGCACCUGCGGAUCCCGGUGCCGCCAGGGGCACAGCCCGUCUACAUCAGCAGCCCCCCCGCCACCGGCGAGGGCUUCCUGAAGCCCCCGGCGGGUGCCGGAGGGGGACCGGAGUCUCCCAGCGAGCUCUUCCUCAAGCUCCCGCCCCAGUCCCCUGCCCAAGUGCCUUCGCACGACCCCUACGGCGCGGCCCCCGCCUACGCGCUGGAGCCCCGCUUCCCCUCGCCCCUGGGCCAGAGCCCCACGUCGGGGGCUGCCUUCCAGCCCUUCCCUAGCCAGCCCCAGCCCCUCGCAGCCCCCCGUGCUCCCCCCGACUUCCACCCCACCCCGCCUGGCACCCCCCGGCACCAACCUGGCACCCCUGACCCCUUCCUGAAGCCCCGGUGCCCCUCUUUGGACAACCUCUCGGUGCCAGGGAGUCCUGGGGCGCGGCCGCCCGAGGCUCUGCUCUCUCCCCUGCCUUUCGGGGAGCAGAAGAAGGCUCUGGAGGUGAAGAAGGAGGAUGGGGGAAGCCUGGGGGUCUGCUCGCCCGGCUACACUUCUGCCAUGGGCUACGGGGACUCCCCAGGUGGCCCCCACCUCUCGGCUGCGGAGCUGAAGGCGGCCGACGUCUUCAAAGCCCCCAUGACCCCACGGGUCUCUCAGGUAGAGCCGCAGAGCCCGGGGCUGGGGCACCGGCCCCCCGACCCCCAUCCCCUGGCCCCCUCACCCCCUGGCCACCCUGAUUUGUACCGUCAGUCGCCCUACCUGGACCCCUACUCGCAGCCCCCGCUGACGCCCCGGCUGCAGCCCCCCGAGGCCUGCUGCGCCCUCCCGCCCCGCUCCCUGCCCUCUGAGCCCUUCUCCCGCAUCCCUGCCAGCCCCCAGUCCCAGUCCAGCUCCCAGUCCCCCCUAACCCCCCGCCCUCUCUCCAACGAAGCCUUCUGCCAGUCCCCUGUCACCCCUCGCUUCCAGUCCCCUGAUCCCUACUCCCAGCCACCCUCCCGGCCGCAGUCCCGGGAUCCCUUCACCCCACUGCACAAGCCCCCCCGUCCACAGAUGCCGGAGCCGGGGUUCAAGUCAGUGGGGGCGGCUGGCGGAGGUUUCGGGGGCACCCCGGCAGGUGACCCCCACGCCAAGGCAGCGGCCGGGCCACAGCCGCCCUUUGCCCGCUCGCCUGGCGCCAGCGUUUUCCCGGGGAGCCAGCCCCCCAUGCGCUUCACCUUCCCCCCGGCCGUCUCGGAGCCGCUCAAGGGCUCCCCGUCCCACCAGCCCCACGGGAUCAACAGCCAUUACGGCUCUGGGAAGCCCCAGAGCUCGGCCUACGCCUCGUCCCCCAGCUUCCACCAGGCCAGCAGCCCGCUGGGCCCUGGCACUGCCGCCCCCGACUCGUACAGCCUCUCGCCCCUGCGGCCCCCAUCAGUGCUGCCGCCGCAGCCCCCGGCCCCCCCGCAGCAGCAGGACCCUUCUGGAGCCUUCCUGCCCCGUGCUGCGCUGGGACUGACGGCUGACAAGAGGGAGGAGGUGGCUGCAGGGCUCUCGGCACCCCCAAACCGGGACCUGGCGGAGCUGCCUGGUGCCCAGGACGGGGCUCUGGGCACCAUGAGCCAGUCGGAGCUGGAGAAGCAGCGCCAGCGCCAGAGGCUCCGGGAGCUGCUCAUCCGCCAGCAGAUCCAGCGGAACAGCCUCCGGCAGGAGAAGGAGAGCGCGGCUGCUGCUGCCUCCUCCUCGCCAGCUGGCUGGGCACCUGAGGCCGGCGGGCAGAGCUUCGAGCUGAGCCGGGCCGUGGCCCCGUACCAGCCGGCACAGGACAAGGCUCUCCUCGGGACUCUGGCCACGGCAGCUGGCGCUGGGAAGCUGCCCGGCUCUGUCAUGGUGCAGGCAGCGUUCACGCAGGACGAGCGGCUCUCCCGGCCCCCGCCGGCGGCCACGCCAGCCAUGCUGGACAUCAGCGGGCGGGCGUCGGUGGGGCCCCCCCAGGCCUUCUACCCCCGUGGCAUCUUCCCGUCGCCAUCCCCGCAGCAGCAGCAGCACCUCUGGCAGCAGCAGCAGCAGCAAGCGGCCGUGGCGGCCCUGCGGCUCCCUGUCACCUCCCGCUUCGCCCCCCCGGCCGCUGGGACCCCCAUGGGCAGCCUGGGCACCCGCCUGCCCACCCCUGCCGAGGCCGUGCCCCCCUCACCAGCUGCCCUGGGCGCUCCCUUCAUCGAGCUACGACACAACGUGCAGAAAGGACCUGGGGGUGUCGUGGGAUCUCCCUUUGCCCCCCAGGCACCCCGGCCUCGAUUCUUCCUGCCCGGGGAGGAGGGCACCCCCCAGGCCCUGUGCACCCCCGUCAUGCCCCUGCAGGCGCUGCCAUCCCAGAAGGUUCCAGCACCGCUGCCACCCACGUCCCCGCAGGGAGCAGAGAUGGGCAACAGCCACCAGCAGCCCCACGCCAAGGCGGCACCCCCGCUGCCAGCACCCACCCUGGAGCUGCAGCAGCACAUCCCCCCGCGCCCGCUGUCCUCCGGUGCCGCCCUCCGCCCCGAGGGUCCCAAGGAUGGCCCCGCUCCAGACCCUGCGCCGGCCCCAGGGAAGAGCCACCUGAGCCUGGAGGGGGGGCGGCUGCCCUGCGAGGUGCCCGUGGAGCCUGAUUUGGAUGACGACUUUGGCUCCCACAAGGACUUGGAAGAUGAUGAUGAUUUGGCCAACCUUAGCCUGGAUCCAGAUGUGGCCAAAGGGGAUGAUGACUUGGACAACUUGGACAGCCUGGAGACAGCAGACCCCCACCUUGAUGACCUGCUGAAUGGCGACGAGUUCGACCUGCUGGCCUACACUGACCCCGAGCUGGACACUGGUGACAAGAAGGACAUCUUCAAUGAGCACCUGCGCCUGGUGGAGUCGGCCAAUGAGAAGGCUGAGCGUGAGGCCCAGCUCAAGACAGAGCCACCAGCGCCCACCUUGAAGCUCCCCGACCCUGGGGACAGCAAAGAUGUGACCCCAUCUGCGGAGGAUCAGGAGGUGCCCAAGGAAGGACUGGUGUCUGGGAUGGGCCUGGGACUCUCUGCCUGCCCCACGGGCGCUGUGCUGGCCAGUGACCCAGCUUUCAAGGCACAGGGUGCAGAGGCAAAGGCCGGCUCGCUGCCCACUGACGUCAAGCCCAAGCUGGAGGACGGCUGCCUGAAGACCUCACCCUGCCAGUUCACCACCACCGGCCCCGAGCGCCUCCCGGUGCCCGUCAAGUCAGAAGCACUGCAGGGCACAGAUAAAAUCUCUGCCUCCCUGGGGCUGAGCGUCAAACCUGGCCAGACCCUGCUGAGCUCCAGCACCGGCCCCACUCGCCUCAGCCUGACUCAGUUCUCCAACAGUGGCCACACUGGUGUCCCCGUGCUGGAGAAGGACCCCUACACCGGCCCUGGCCGUGGGCUGGCAACUGCCCAGCUGGGUGGCCAGAGCAACCCCUUGCUGGAGAAGUUUGAGCUGGACAGCGGAGCCUUGGGGCUGGGCAGUGCCCGGCACUCGCCGGCGGAUGACUUGGACAAGAUGGAGAGCUCGUUGGUGGCCAGCGAGCUGCCGCUGCUCAUCGAGGACCUCCUGGAGCAUGAGAAGAAGGAGCUGCAGAAGAAGCAGCAGAUGUCAGCCCACCUGCCCCGUGGCACUCCCCACCUCCAAGCCCCAGGGCACCCCAUGCUGCACACAGGAGCAUCUGGGCAGCCUCCCGAGGGGCAGCCACCCCGUCUGGGCACCCCGCAGACACCCCUCCAGCUGGGGCUGGUGGCCCGGCCACCGCUGCUGCCACCGCAGCCCCCCCGGCUCAACGCACCCCAGCAGGGCCCAGCUCUGGCCCCCCACAUGGGCAUGGGCUCUGGGCAGCCCCAUGUGCUGUCAUCCCCCCACGGGGUGCAGGUAGCCCUGGGGCAGCCGCAGCAGAGCCAGCAGCAGGUGCUGGUGCAGAAGCCGAUGGCCGGGGUGCAGCCCCCCACCCUGGGCCUGAAGCCCCCCCAGCUCGUCAUGCAGCAGCAGUUGGCCAACAGCUUCUUCCCAGACACAGACCUGGACAAGUUUGCGGCCGAGGACAUCAUGGACCCCAUUGCCAAGGCCAAGAUGGUGGCACUGAAGGGCAUCAAGAAAGUGAUGGCUCAGGGCAGCAUUGGGGUGGCCCCAGGCAUGAACAGGCAACAGGUUUCCCUGCUGGCGCAGCGGCUCUCAGGGGGCCCGGCUGUCUCUGAGAUGCAGAACCACUUACUGGCGGGGAGCGGGCAGGAGCGGAGUGGCACAGACCCCACCCAGGCUCGUCCCAACCCACCCACCUUUGCACAGGGCGUCAUCAACGAGGCCGACCAGCGCCAGUACGAGGAGUGGCUGUUCCACACGCAGCAGCUGCUGCAGAUGCAGCUGAAGGUGCUGGAGGAGCAGAUCGGGGCGCACCGCAAGUCCCGCAAGGCGCUGUGUGCCAAGCAGCGCACGGCCAAGAAAGCCGGGCGGGAGUUCCCCGAGGCCGACGCCGAGAAGCUGAAGCUGGUAACGGAGCAGCAGAGCAAGAUCCAGAAGCAGCUGGACCAGGUGCGGAAGCAGCAGAAGGAACACACCAACCUCAUGGCUGAGUACCGCAACAAGCAGCAGCAGCACCAGCACCAGGCCUCAGCCGUGAUGGCCCUGAGCCCCUCGCAGAGCCCCCGCCUCAUGUCCAAGCUCCCGGGACAGCUCCUCUCAGCACACGGCGUGCAGCAGCCCGGGGCAGCCCUGGUGGGAGCGCAGGGCCUCGGGCAGCAGCCGGGGCAGCCUGGGGGGCUGCGCCUGCCCCAGGGCGGUGUGUCCAUGGCCGUGCAGCAGGGCCUGUCCUUCAUGGGGCAGCAGCCCGUAGGGAACGCCCCGGGACCCGGCUCCUCUGGCGCCUUCUUCAGCGGGAACCCUGCGCUGCGCGGGCUGGCCGCUGACAGCCGCCUGAUGCAGGAGCGGCAGCUCCAGAGGAUGCAGCUGGCACAGAAACUGCAGCAGCAGAACAUGCUGGGACAGGUGUCGCUGCAGCAGCAGCCAGGUGUGAUGGGACAGACGUCAAUGCAACAGCCGGGUGUGAUGGGACAGGUGUCGCUGCAGCAGCCAGGCGUGAUGGGACAGGCGGCCAUGCAGCAGCAGGGCGUGAUGGGACAAACAUCAAUGCAGCAGCCGGGUGUGAUGGGACAGGCAGCCAUGCAGCAAUCAGGUGUGAUGGGACAGGCAUCCAUGCAGCAAUCAGGUGUGAUGGGACAGGCGUCACUGCAGCCAUCAGGUGUCAUGGCACAAGCAUCGAUGCAGCAACAGGGCGUGAUGGGUCAAACCUCCAUGCAGCAGCCAGGUGUGAUGGGACAGGCAUCGCUGCAGCAGCCGGGUGUGAUGGCACAGGCGUCCAUGCAGCAGCCAGGUGUGAUGGGACAGACAUCGAUGCAGCAACAGGGUGUGAUGGGUCAGGCGUCCAUGCAACAGCCAGGUUUGAUAGGACAGAGCUCGAUGCAGCCACAGAGCAUCAUGGCACAGACGUCCAUGCAGCAAUCAGGUGUGAUGGGACAAGCUUCAAUGCAACAGGCAGGUGUGCUGGCCCAAACAUCACUGCAGCAGCCAGGCAUGAUGGGCCAGGCAUCCAUGCAGCAGCCAGGUGUGCUGGGCCAGGCCCCAGUGCAGCCAACAGCCGUGCUGGGGCAGCAGCAGCAGCCCCCAGCCCCGCAGCCCGGCGCAGGGGCUCAGCCUAUGGUGCCGAAGCAGCCGGGGCUGUUGGGCAGCCAGCAGAGCCUCCUCGUGCAGCAGCUCUCACCCCAGCAGCAGCCAGGCGUGCUGGGCCACGGGCCAGGGCUGCAGCACCAGCCUGUGCUGGGCCACCCCCAACCCCAGCGCCAGGUCGUCCUGGCCCCCCACCAGCAGCGGGUGCUGGGCUCGCCCCAGCUGACGCCGCAGACUCCGGGGAUGCUGAGCCACCGGCUCGUGCUAUCCCAGCAGCUGGGGCAGUCUCGGGCACUGUUGGCUCCGCAGCAGCAGCAGAACUCGGCGGCUGCCCAGCCAGGUCUCCUGGGGCUGGGCCAGGGGCAGCCCUCCAUCCAGCACUUUCCGCAGCACGGGGCGGGGGGCCAGGCCCCCUCUGUGCUGCACCUGAGUCAGGGAAUGCAGCCGGCCCCGGCGGUCCUGGCUGCCAAGGACCAGCCCGUGGGGAUGGACGGCAGCGCCCUGCACGCUGAGGGCGGCGAGAGCGGGGGGCAGCAGCUGCACGGGGAGCAGCAGGGAGCCCUAAACCCCCCGGGGCUGGGGGGCCCGGAGGCCACGGCCCCCAAGCACCAGGCUGAGCUAGGGCAGGGCCAGCAGCUCCUCUUGACCUCCCCACAGCCAGGUGUCUUGCGGGCAGCCCCCGGGCAGCCAGGUGCCCUACUCGCCCCGCCGCUGCAGAGCCCUGGGGCUGUCCACCCCGAGCUGUCCCAGCAGCACGGGGACACGGCCGGGGUGGCGGAGCAACAGCUGGGCUGUGGGACAGGCCCAGCACAGGCCAUGGUGCCGGCACCGCGGCCCCCAGAGCAGCCGGGCAAGGGGUUGGCAGGGGCACUGCCAGGGCAGCCGCAGCCCCCGCGGCUCCAGAGCCCCGUUCAGCACAAAGUAGGGCCAGCGUCGGGCACGGCCACUCUCCCCCCAGGUCUCCUGGGGCAGGUGCCAGGGCCGGUGAUGGGCCAGAUCCGGGCGCAGCUCCAGGGUGUCCUGGCCAAGAACCCGCAGCUGCGGCAUCUGACACCACAGCAGCAGCAGCAGCUCCAGGCCCUCCUGGUGCAGCGGCACCAGCAGAGCCUGCUGCAGCAGAACCAGGCACUACGGACCCCUGGCCCCUUCCCCGGGCAGGCCCCGGACUACAGCUUGUCAGCUACCCGCCAGCCCCCUCGUCCCAUGGGGCCCCUUUUCCAGCCCCGGGCAGAUGCCCCAGCAGAGGCACAGACCAUCUCUGCCACUGAGCCGGGGCGGGUGCUGCCAGGGCAGCCUCCCCAGCAGCCCCUGGCUGAGCUGGUUCAGGCAGCUCUGGCUGCCCGUGGCCCCCAGCCCGGCCUCAUCCGCCUCCCCACGCCACCAGCCCCCUCGCCCCUGGGCUGUGCCCCCCAGCACCUGGGCAGCCCUGAGCAGAGCCCCCAAGAGCCAAAGAAGACGUCACCGGGAGUCCCGGCCUUGGCCCCCAGCCCUGCGGCACCCGCGGAGCCGGGGCUGACUCCCACACCAGGCGGGGCCCUCCCUGACCCAGCACAGGGCCCCUGGGACCCCGAGGCACCUGGGGUGGACCCAGCUGACCCUGGUGAGACCCACGUCAAUGGGGCUGUGCCAGAGGGGGCCCCCAUGGCAGGUGAAGCCCCCCAGGUGUUGGUGAAGCAGGAGCCGAAGGAAGAGGCGGCAGCAGUGGUACAGUGUGAGGUGGAUGGAGAUGAGACAGCGAAACCAGAGGCCAAUGGGGACCCUGGGGACAGCCAUGCCAACAGCCUGCUGGCCCCGGGUGGGCGCUCUGAGGCAGGGCACCUGCUGCUGCAGAAACUACUGCGGGCCAAGAACGUGCAGCUCUCAGCUCAGAGCCCUGGAGAGCUCAAUGGGCACGUGGAGAACCGGAGCGCUGGGACAGAGCCACGGCCACAGUCACUGCUGCUGGGCCGGGAGGACCCCUCCAUUGCCAGGAAGCCAGCACCCACCAAGCCUAAGCGGGUACAGAAAGGCAACGAGCGGAUCCCAGCGUCCCGCAAGAAGCUGCGGAAGGAUGAGGGGCUGCGUCCUGGUGAGGCCCUCAUGAAGCAGCUGAAGCAGGAGCUGUCGCUGCUGCCGCUGACGGAGCCGACCAUCAUGGCCAACUUCAGCCUCUUCGCGCCCUUCGGCAGCAGCCCUAUCAACGGGAAGAGCCAGCUGCGGGGCGCCUUCGGCAGCGCUGUGCUCGACAGCGUCCCCGACUACUACUCCCAGCUGCUCACCAAGAACAACCUCAGCAACCCUCCCACGCCGCCCUCCUCGCUGCCCCCCACACCCCCUCCCUCCGUGCAGCAGAAGAUGGUGAAUGGUGUCACAGCCCCUGAAGAGCUGGGGGAGCAGCCCAAGGACGCCGACCCAGCCCGUGAGCCCCAUGGCCAGAAAGGUGAGCCUGGCUGGCACAGGGGUGGCACAGAAUCCGUGCUGCCGCCUGUCAUUCCCCCCUGUAACACCCAUCGCUUCUCUGCAGACGCACCAGCUGUGGAGGUGAAGAGCCUGGACCUGCUGGCAGCACUGCCCACCCCUCCGCACAACCAGACCGAGGACGUCAGGAUGGAGAGUGACGACGAGAGCGACUCCCCCGACAGCAUCGUCCCUGCUUCAUCCCCCGAGAGCGUCCUGGGCGAGGAGCUGCUCCGCUUCCCACUUCUCAGCGAGGCCAAGCCAGAGCUGGAGGAGCGUGUGCUGUCCCCCAUCAUCCCCAUCAUCCCCCGGGCCAGCAUCCCAGUGUUCCCUGACACAAAACCCUACGAGGUCGCAGAGCCCUUUGGGGCUCCGCCAGGGAAGGUGGGGGCAGCAGGCCCUGGAGCCCCUUGGGAGAAGGGCAAGAGCAGCGAGGUCUCCGUCAUGCUGACGGUGUCUGCAGCAGCUGCCAAGAACCUCAAUGGGGUGAUGGUGGCCAUGGCCGAGCUGCUGAGCAUGAAGAUCCCCAGCUCCUACGAGGUGCUGUUCCCUGACGGCCCUGUGCGAGCAGCUGUGGUUGAGGCCAAGAAGGUGGAGACUGAUAUGGCCGGAAUGCUCGGAGGGAAGGAGAAGGCGCUGGCUGGGAAGGUGCCGGACAGCAGCUCUGAAUGGCUGAAGCAGUUCGAUGCAGUGCUGCCAGGGUACAGCCUCAAGGGCGAGCUGGACCUCCUGACGCUGCUCAGACAGGAGAGCCCUGCUCCUGAGAAGACCCUUCACCACUGCUACGUCAACAACGUCUCCAACCUGGACGUGCGGCAGCUCUCUGUCCUGCCCCAGGAGCCCUCGCCCCCGCUGUCCCCCUCCGUUCCCUCCCCAUCCAGCCCCGCUGAGCCCACCAGGGUCCCCGACCCUGAGGCGUCCCACGAGGCAGCCCCAGCCCCAUUGUCACCACUGCCACCGGCCCCCUCGCCAGCCCCCCAGGAGGAAGGGGCCGCAGCCGUCCACUCGCCGCCCCGUUUCAAGCCGCGCUCGCGGCCUCUGGAGGACGGGGACGAGGCGAGGCCACGGCUGAAGAAGUGGAAGGGGGUGCGCUGGAAACGGCUGCGCUUCCUCGUCACCAUCCAGAAAGGGGGAGCCAAGCGUGACGGCGACAAGGAGAUCGCCGAGUUCAUCGACAAGCUGGGAACCACGCUGCGCCCCGAAAAGGUGCCGCAGGACAUGCGCAAGUGCUGCUUCUGUCACGAGGAGGGCGACGGGGCCACGGACGGGCCGGCCCGCCUGCUCAACCUUGACCUCGACCUCUGGGUCCACCUGAACUGCGCCCUGUGGUCCACGGAGGUGUAUGAGACUCAGGGAGGGGCCCUGAUCAACGUGGAGGUGGCCCUGCACCGUGGGCUGCUCACCAAGUGCUCCCUGUGCCAGAAAACCGGUGCCACCAACAGCUGCAACCGCAUCCGCUGCCCCAGCGUGUACCACUUCGCCUGCGCCAUCCGCGCCAAGUGCAUGUUCUUCAAGGACAAGACCAUGCUGUGCCCCCUGCACAAGCUGAAGGGGCCCUGCGAGCAGGAGCUCAGCAGCUUCACCGUGUUCCGCCGCGUCUACAUCGAGCGGGACGAGGUGAAGCAGAUCGCCAGCAUCAUCCAGCGUGGGGAGCGGCUCCACAUGUUCCGCGUGGGCGGGUUGGUCUUCCACGCCAUCGGGCAGCUGCUGCCACACCAGAUGGCCGAUUUCCACAGCGUCACGGCCCUCUACCCCGUGGGCUACGAGGCCACGCGCAUCUACUGGAGCCUGCGGACCAACAACCGCCGCUGCUGCUACCGCUGCACCAUCUGCGAGAACAACGGGCGCCCCGAGUUCGUCGUGCAGGUCAUCGAGCAGGGCCUGGAGGAUCUUGUCUUCUCUGACUCCUCGCCACAAGCUGUCUGGAACCGGAUCAUCGAGCCAGUGGCGAUGAUGAGGAAGGAGGCCGACAUGCUGCGACUCUUCCCCGAGUACCUGAAGGGCGAGGAGCUCUUCGGCCUCACGGUGCACGCGGUGCUGCGCAUCGCUGAGUCGCUGCCGGGUGUCGAGAGCUGCCAGAACUACCUGUUCCGCUAUGGGCGCCAUCCUCUGAUGGAGCUGCCCUUGAUGAUCAAUCCCACCGGCUGCGCCCGCUCCGAGCCCAAGAUCCUCACCCACUACAAGCGACCCCACACCCUGAACAGCACAAGCAUGUCCAAGGCCUACCAGAGCACGUUCACGGGCGAGACCAACACGCCCUACAGCAAGCAGUUUGUGCACUCCAAGUCCUCCCAGUACCGGCGCCUGAAGACGGAGUGGAAGAACAACGUGUACCUGGCACGGUCCCGCAUCCAGGGGCUGGGGCUCUACGCAGCCAAGGACAUCGAGAAGCACACGAUGGUCAUCGAGUACAUCGGCACCAUCAUCCGCAACGAGGUGGCCAACCGGCGCGAGAAGAUCUACGAGGAGCAGAACCGCGGCAUUUACAUGUUCCGCAUCAACAACGAGCACGUCAUUGACGCCACGCUGACGGGGGGCCCGGCCAGGUACAUCAACCACUCGUGUGCCCCGAACUGCGUGGCCGAAGUCGUGACCUUCGACAAGGAGGACAAGAUCAUCAUCAUCUCCAGCCGGCGCAUCCCCAAGGGGGAGGAGCUCACCUACGACUACCAGUUCGACUUCGAGGACGAUCAGCACAAGAUCCCCUGCCACUGUGGAGCUUGGAAUUGCAGGAAAUGGAUGAACUAACUGGGAAAAAGGGGCUGGGGGCUGCCACCCCCGCCUCAGAGACCUCGCCGAGCCCCCCAGGGCUGCAGGAGGUGCCAGGGGCGGCCGGGCACUGAGGGAGAGCAGCGGCCGCGGCGCUGCCGGCCCUGCCCGAGCGGGACGGACGGACAGAUGAACUGGCAACUCAGGGUUUUCUUUGCUUCGUCCUGCGAGGAGAAAAAAAAGGAGUGGGGGGGCUCAGAAACGCCCCCUUCACCACCCCCGGCCUGCCUCCCACAUGGGAGAGCCACGGGGGAGCAGCACCAGGCCCAGCGCGGCCGGAGCGAUUGUGCGGAGCCGGUCUGGAUAUAACGAUUAUUUUAUUUUAUUUUAUUGGUUUCUUUUUUUUUUUUUUUUUUCCUUUUUUUUUUUUUUUUUUUUUUUUAGAAACUAAUAAUAUUUGCUCGCUAAUUACCAAGGUAACACAGACUCCUUGAGCUCGACAAUCCGGGCUCUGCCCCGCCGGCGUGGCGGCCAGAGCUCGCUCGGUUCCUUUGAUCUCUUUUUGUUUGUGCGUGUGGACGAGACCCCGGAGCGGCGGCGGGAUGCAGCCAAGACCCCGACAGACACAAGGAGCUUCUGCACCCAAACCUACCUCAUUUUAAGUGUUAGAUUUGUUUCUUUUUAUUUGUUGUUGUUUUUAAAUGUGAGCCCCCCUCCAUCCCAACCCACCCCCCCUAAUGGGGGGGGAGGGUUUCCCUCUCCCUCGGGCUCCAGAGGAUGUGGCUUCCCCGUGUCCCCCUCCUCAGAUGUGGCCCUUCCUCAGGAUGCCUUGAAGGGGGGACACAGGGACACCCCCUCCUUGUCCCCCCCCCCCCUCAGGAGGUCCCAGCCGUGUGAGUGCCAAGGUGUGAGGUGGGGAUGGGGGGGAAGGGAGGGCGAGGUGGGGUCAGACCCACUCCCCCAGCUCUGGUGGGGGGCUGGAGGGGCUGGGUGGGGACCCCUCUUCCCACACGUGGCCCCCACGGCUGGAGAGGCCGGGUGGAGCCCCCCCCCCCCCCCCCACCUCCACCCCCCUGCUCACCCUUGGCCCUCACAGCUGGGGCUGCACUGGGGGGGGGAAGGUUAUUUAUCUAUUUAUACCUUAUAUUGUAUAUACUAGACGGGGCUGGGGGGGGGGCUCUUUGUGCUCUGCUGGGCUGAGAUUUGGGGUGCAGGGGCAAAAAGUUGGGGCGGCGGGGGGGGGGGGUUUUUUUAAACCCAAGUCUCCGAGGUGGGGGUGGGGAGUGGGGGGGGGGUCUCUCUGGAACCUCCUGCCAGGCAGGGGCGGCCUCGGAGAGCGAAGCAGCGAGUGGGCAUUAACACCCCCGGCCCCCCCCCCCGCCCCGCGCCGGCUGCGCCCCCCCCCCUCCCCCGGGGUCCCUGCCCGCCCCCUCCCCACUCCGGGGGAGGACCCCGGGGGGGCGCCGGGAUCUCUUAACGCACAAACACGGCGCGGGGGAGGGAGGAAGGGAAGGAGGGACCCUCCUGCUCCUGGAAGUGGCGGUGGGGAGAGGGGGGGUCUGACGGGGGUGGUGCCCCCUCCCCGCCCCGGUGCAGUGGGGGCCGGGGCCGAUCUUGAAAAGCUGCUUCCGCAAACUCGUCAAAGCUGCAAAAAAGAAAAAAAAAAAAAAAACCAACAAAACAAAAAGGUUUAAAGUAAAAAUCUUUAAAAAAAAGAAAAUUAAAAAAAAAGAAAACAACGGAGGAAAAGCGCGAGUGGGGGGGGAUGAGAAAGUUUUAACAGAAAAUAUACGAGAAAUUUAACUUUCAGAGCUGUACAUAGGCCGGGGCGUGUAGAAAUCCCGUUUUUACCAAUACCGGAACCACUGGAUGUUAUUUUAAAUAAAGCGCGUGAGAAGCCGA